AUGGUUUCCUCCUCCGCCUCCCCCUCCCCCAGGGAGGAGGAGGGCGGCGGCCCCUGUUUGCCCUCGCUCCGCGGCAAGAAAAGGAGAAUGCGAGUCAGAACGGCCUCGCCAGAGCCGGCUUCCACGGCCGCGCCGCCGCAGACACAUGGAAAGUGGCAUCCAGAUGAAUCGAACAGACCUGAAAUUGAUGAUGCUCCUGUUUUUACCCCAACUGAGGAGUGUAUAACUCUUUUACAUCAGGAAUUCAAAGAUGCAAUUGGGUACAUUACUAGCAUUCGUCCUCAAGUAGAAAAAUAUGGAAUUUGUCGUAUUGUUCCACCAUCUUCUUGGAGACCACCAUGUCCUCUAAAGGAGAAGAGCUUUUGGAAAUGUACAGAGUUCAACACCCGAGUUCAACAAGUUGACAAGCUUCAAAAUCGGGAACCCAAAAAAAAAGAAACACAACCUCGAGUUCAGAAGAAAAGAAAGAGAAGAAAGAAACUGAGGUUUGGGAUGUCUCAGAAGCGCCGUAGCGCUGACUCUGCAGACCAGGAAGAGAAGUUUGGCUUUCAGUCUGGCUCAGAUUUCACACUAGAGGAGUUCCAGAAAUACGCUGAUAUGUUCAAGGAGCAAUAUUUUGGAAUGAAGGGAAGUGAUGAAAUUUCUCUUUUUGAAAUUAAACAGCACAAAGAAAUGUGGCGGCCAUCAGUUGAGGAAAUUGAGGGAGAAUAUUGGCGGAUAGUUGUAUGCCCUGAUGAUGAAGUUGAGGUGGAUUACGGCGCUGAUCUGGACACUGCAAUAUUUAGUAGUGGAUUCCCUAAAUCAUCUCUAUCAGAUGGAAAUAAGCAAGAUCCAUAUGGUUUAUCUUGUUGGAACUUGAAUAAUCUGCGACGACAACCUAGAUCUGUUCUUUCAUUUGAAACUGAGGAUAUAUCUGGUGUUGUGGUCCCUUGGCUUUAUGUUGGGAUGUGUUUCUCAUCAUUUUGCUGGCAUGUGGAAGAUCAUUUCCUUUAUUCUCUAAAUUACAUGCAUUUUGGUGAACAAAAAGUAUGGUAUGGUGUUCCUGGUGAAAAUGCAGUGAAGCUAGAAGAUGCUAUGAGAAGGAACUUGCCAAGACUGUUUGAAGAACAGCCUGAUCUCCUGCAUGAGCUGGUUACACAGUUAUCCCCUUCUGUUCUAAAAUCAGAAGGAAUUCCUGUUUACCGUGUUGUUCAGAAUCCAGGCGAGUUUGUUCUGACAUUACCACGAGCUUACCAUUCUGGGUUCAACUGUGGCUUCAACUGCGCAGAGGCAGUAAAUGUUGCUCCCGUGGACUGGCUGCCCCAUGGACAAUGUGCUGUUGAGCUAUACAGAGAUCAGCGGCGCAAGACAUCAAUAUCACAUGACAAGUUAUUGCUUAAAACUGUACAAACAGCUCUCAGACAGGUUUGGGCGAACCUACAGAACUGCAAGAGUGGUCAGAAGGAAUAUAUAUGGCUUGAUACCUGUGGAAAAAAUGGAAUGCUCACAAGUGCAUUUAAGACAAGAAUUAAAUUGGAAGGUUCAGCACGUGAGGCGAAUGCUCUUUUGCAAUGUAAGAAGAUGGAUCAGGAUUAUGAUUCAACGGACCGCGAAUGCUUUUCAUGCUUUUAUGAUCUUCAUUUAUCUGCUGUCAGUUGCCAAUGCUCGCCAAACCGUUUUGCUUGCUUAACUCAUGCAAAUCUUCUAUGUUCAUGCGAAAUGGAUAGAAAAUUUGUGUUGCACCGAUACAGUAUGGAGGAGCUGAAUGCUCUUGUUGCAGCUCUGGAGGGAGACCCAGCUGCAGUGUACCAGUGGAAAGAGUAUGAUGUAGGCUUAGUUUGCCAAUCUGCUUCUACGCAGCAGAAGAUGUGCUUCAGUAAAAGUGCAAAAUUAUCUGGAUCAAUUAUUGAUGUCAACAUUGAUUGCGGCUUUGAUGGCUGCGAGGACCUUGACAAGUCAGCAGGAUAUCCGAAAGAGAAGGAAGUGCAGAAUAGAUGUGUUAAUCUGAACAUAAAAGAAGAGUUAGUAUGUAGUUCUAGCACAUCAAAUACAACAGGUUUCUCAAGCUCUACAUUUAGUGCUUUACGAAAGAUUGACAAGGACAAGAUGGCCAUGGAGUUGGGGUCCCUGCAGACAAGUAAUCCAACUAUUUCAAGUUUCCAGUGCACACAGUCCUUGAGUCAUUCAUCUGAAUUAUCAUGCCCUUCUCGAAUAUCAACAGGAUCUACCCUACCUUCCAAAACUACUAAGGAACUGUUUGGCAUUGAGACUGAAUACUGUGUGGCCAAGGCUUCAUGUGCCCAGGUUAGUCAACUGGGGAAACCUUCUUCAAGUCAAUCCAAUGAAGUCUCCUGGCCAGCAAACUUACGACAUCAGGUUGAGCAACUCGACCACGGAACAGUAAUAGUUGGCAAAAAUUGGUGCAACCAUCAAGCUAUCUUCCCAAAAGGAUUUAGGAGUCGAGUGACAUUUUACAGCGUACUAGAUCCGACAAGAAUAUGUUGUUACAUUUCAGAAGUUAUUGAUGCUGGACUUCUCGAACCAUUGUUUAGGGUUGCUGUGGAGGAGUUUCCUGAGGUUUAUUUUACUCACACUUCACCAAUGCAGUGUUGGGAUAGUGUGAGAGACAGGGUGAAUGAAGAAAUUAAAAAGCAAUGUACGGCUGGAAAAUCUCCUGCUUUAUUAUCGAACGAUUCUGUAAAUGGGCUUGAAAUGUUUGGUUUCUUAUCCCCACCAAUAAUUGAGGUAAUCGAGGCUCUAGAUCCCGACCACAAGUGCUUAGAUUAUUGGUUGUCUAAGCAUACACCUCCUCUGAGAAGACUCCUUUCGGAGUCUUUGAUGACCACAAUGGUUGAUGGCACUAAUAAUUCCUCUAUAAGGUUACUUGGGGUUGAUAUUGCCAGCAAUGAAUCUGAACGAUCCAGUUUCCACAAUAAUUCCUGUGCUGAGGAGACUAAACUCAGCAGGCUCCUUAAGAAGGCUAAAUGGCCAGAAGAACAAGAACUAAUUGUCAUGAACAAAGCAAUCAGCGGCAGGAUGGAUAACAGCGCAGGUCUGCAGGAUGAGAUGAAGAAUUAUGUAGAUAAAUAG